AUGUCAUUAUAUCGAUGGCGCGAGGAAGAGCGGGCACGGGGCUUGAGGCCGGUGCAGCGGCAAAUCGCGCUGCGCCGAGAGGAGCUCCGUCAAGUCUUGGUGGCUGAAUGGCGGCAAAGGCUUCUGCGUCAUACCACCGGCCUCGCUACCAUCGAGGCGAUCCGGCCAGUACUCGACGACCUUCUCGGGAGAAGGCACGGCUCCCUGUCGUUUAGGGUGACGCAAGUGCUGUCGGGGCACGGCUGCUUCGGCAUUUACCUGUGCCGCAUAGACAGGGAGCCGGACGCUCGGUGCCACCACUGCGUCCAUUGCGGGGAGGACACGGUGCAACACACGCCCGCCGAGUGUGUAGCUUGGGAGGAGCAGCGCCGUGUCCUCACAAAUAAAGUAGGAGGCAAUCUGUCGCUGCCGGCCUUAUUGUGGAAGAUGGUCGGUAGCGCAGAGUCGUGGGAUGCGGUGGUGUCCUUCUGCGAGGACGUGGUAUCGCAGAAGGAAACUGCGGAACGGCAAAGGGAGAUCUUGAUUCCGAGGAAGGUGCAACACCGUGGGGUGUUAGUCGGUGCGAGUCCGACAUAA